GCCUCUGCGUGAGCACGCCACAGAGGGGAGGAGUGGCCUGCCCGGUGCGCGCGCCUGGCCGUGGGUGAUCAGCUGGUCUGCGCUCCCCUGACGUGGGCUGGGGCACGUCACCGCCGAAUGGCAGCCUCCAGAAAGCCGCCGCGAGUAAGGGCGAAUCGCCAGGACUUUCAGCUGAGAAAUUUAAGAAUAAUUGAACCUAACGAGGUGACACCCUCAGGAGACAAGAGUGUGGAAACAGACCACAGGAUGGCUCCGAAGGUGACUUCAGAACUGCUUCGGCAGCUGCGACAAGCUAUGAGGAACUCCGAAUACGUGGCAGAACCCAUCCAGGCCUAUAUCAUCCCGUCAGGAGAUGCCCACCAGAGCGAGUACAUUGCACCCUGUGACUGUCGGAGGGCGUUUGUCUCUGGAUUCGAUGGCUCUGCAGGCACAGCCAUCAUCACGGAGGAGCAUGCGGCCAUGUGGACUGACGGGCGCUACUUCCUCCAGGCUGCCAAACAGAUGGACAACAACUGGACUCUCAUGAAGAUGGGUCUGAAAGACACACCAACUCAGGAGGACUGGCUGGUGAGUGUGCUUCCAGAAGGAUCCAGGGUUGGUGUGGACCCCCUCAUCAUUCCCACAGAUUACUGGAAGAAGAUGGCCAAGGUACUGCGAAGUGCUGGUCACCACCUCGUGCCUGUGAAGGAGAACCUUGUGGACAAGAUCUGGACAGACCGGCCGGAGCGCCCUUGCAAGCCCCUCCUCACACUGGGCCUGGAUUAUACAGGCAUCUCGUGGAAGGAGAAGGUUGCAGACCUCCGGUUGAAAAUGGCAGAGAGGAGCAUCGCGUGGUUUGUAGUCACAGCCCUAGACGAGAUUGCAUGGCUGUUCAAUCUCCGCGGGUCAGAUGUGGAACACAAUCCUGUGUUUUUCUCCUAUGCGAUCGUAGGCCUAGAGACGAUCAUGCUCUUCAUUGACGGGGACCGCGUCGACGCGCCGGGCGUGAAGCAGCACCUGCUGCUUGACUUGGGCCUGGAGGCGGAAUACAGAAUCCAGGUCCUGCCAUACAAGUCCAUCCUGAGUGAGCUCAAGGCCCUGUGUGCUGACCUGUCCCCGAGGGAGAAAGUGUGGGUCAGUGACAAGGCCAGCUACGCUGUGAGCGAGGCCAUCCCCAAGGAUCACCGCUGCUGUAUGCCUUACACACCCAUCUGCAUUGCCAAAGCCGUGAAGAACUCCGCUGAGUCGGACGGCAUGAGGCGGGCUCACAUUAAAGAUGCCGUUGCCCUCUGCGAACUCUUCAACUGGCUGGAGCAAGAGGUUCCCAAAGGUGGCGUUACGGAGAUCUCUGCGGCUGACAAGGCCGAGGAAUUUCGAAGGCAGCAGGCUGACUUUGUGGAUCUGAGCUUCCCAACGAUUUCCAGCACGGGACCCAACGGCGCCAUCAUCCACUACGCGCCAGUCCCUGAGACGAACAGGACCCUGUCCCUGGACGAGGUUUACCUCAUUGACUCCGGUGCUCAGUACAAGGAUGGAACCACGGACGUCACCCGGACCAUGCACUUUGGGACCCCCACUGCCUAUGAGAAGGAAUGCUUCACAUACGUACUGAAAGGCCACAUAGCUGUGAGCGCAGCUGUUUUCCCGACGGGAACCAAAGGCCACCUUCUGGACUCCUUUGCCCGGUCAGCCUUGUGGGAUUCUGGUCUGGAUUACCUGCAUGGAACAGGACAUGGCGUUGGGUCCUUUUUGAAUGUUCACGAGGGGCCCUGUGGCAUCAGUUAUAAAACAUUCUCCGAUGAGCCCUUGGAAGCGGGCAUGAUCGUCACUGAUGAGCCAGGGUAUUACGAAGACGGGGCGUUUGGGAUCCGCAUUGAGAAUGUUGUUCUGGUGGUCCCAGCAAAAACCAAGUAUAAUUUCAACAACCGAGGAAGCCUGACCUUUGAACCUCUAACUUUGGUUCCCAUCCAGACCAAAAUGAUAGAUGUGAAUGCUCUUACAGAUAAAGAGGACUCACGGAGCUCUGCCUGAUGGAUGGCUAUGGGUCUCUGCAUCUGUUCCAUUGUUGGGAGCCGCGCCCACAUUCGCCGUUACAAGAUGGCGCUGACAGCUGUGUUCUAAGUGGUAAACAAAUAAUCUGCGCAUAUGCCGAGGGUGGUUCUCCACUCCAUGUGCUCUGCCUUCCCCGUGACGUCAACUCGGCCGAUGGGCUGCAGCCAAUCAGGGAGUGACACGUCCUAGGCGAAAUAUAACUCUCCUAAAAAAGGGACGGGGUUUCGUUUUCUCUCUCUCUUGCUUCUUGCACUCUGGCUCCUGAAGAUGUAAGCAAUAAAGCUUUGCCGCAGAAGAUUCUGGUUUGUUGCGUCUUUCCUGGCCGGUCGUGAGAACGCGUCUAAUAAGAAUUGGUGCUGAAAUCCGGGACGAGAAAUUCCGGGACGAGAAAAAAUCCGGGAAGAAAAAACCCGGGAGGAAACUCGGGACGGGAGCUUCACCGGCGCAAGGAAGAUCCCUCAUUCCAGAACCAGAACUGCGGGUCGCGGUAAUAAAGGUUCCCGUAAAGCAGACUGUUAAGAAGGAUUCAACUGCAUGAAUUCAGAACUUUUCAGCUGGGGAACGAGAGUACCAGUGAGUAUAGCUUUACGAGGUAAGCCUGGCCUUGAACUUUCUAAGGAAAUUCAAGACAGUCUAUCAGAAGUAAAGUGGAAAAUAGCUUUAUAAGGUAUGUUUGGCCUUGAAUUUUCUCUAGUGUUAGAAGCCCUUUUGUUCCUUUUCACAUGUUAUCAAGUGGUUAAGGCAGGGCGGAUUCUAGAUGAAAUUCAGGACAAUCUAUCAGAAGUAAAGCGGGGAGAGAGAGUAGGAGCAAAGAGAAAAUAUGGUUCACAAAAUAAGUAUACAGGCCUUUCCAAGGGUCUUGAACCCGAGGAAAAGUUUAGGUCAGGUAAGAAUACCUGGGGAGAGAUUAGAAGGAAGGAGAAGGAAAAAGAAAAGAAAAAA